UGGACCAGGGCGCUCACUGCCCUGGGCUGUGCCCUGUCUUCCAGCCUGUGGCAAGCUGACUGGCAUAAGUGACCCGGUGACCGUCAAGACCUCCGGCUCGAGGUUCGGGUCCUGGAUGACGGACCCCCUGGCCCCAGAAGGCGAUAACAGGGUCUGGUACAUGGACGGCUACCACAACAACCGCUUUGUCCGCGAGUACAAGUCGAUGCUGGACUUCAUGACCACAGACAACUUCACGUCCCACCGCCUCCCGCACCCCUGGUCCGGCACGGGGCAGGUGGUCUACAACGGCUCCAUCUACUUCAACAAGUUCCAGAGUCACAUCGUCAUCAGGUUCGACCUGAAGACGGAGACCAUCCUCAAGACGCGCAGCCUGGACUACGCCGGCUACAACAACAUGUACCACUACGCCUGGGGCGGCCACUCGGACAUCGACCUCAUGGUGGACGAGAACGGGCUGUGGGCCGUCUACGCCACCAACCAGAACGCCGGCAACAUCGUGGUCAGCAAGCUGGACCCCGUCUCCCUGCAGGUGCUGCAGACCUGGAACACCAGCUACCCCAAGCGCAGCGCCGGCGAGGCCUUCAUCAUCUGCGGGACCCUCUACGUCACCAACGGCUACUCGGGGGGCACCAAGGUGCACUACGCCUACCAGACCAACGCCUCCACCUACGAGUACAUCGACAUCCCCUUCCAGAACAGGUACUCCCACAUCUCCAUGCUGGACUACAACCCCAAGGACCGCGCCCUGUACGCCUGGAACAACGGCCACCAGGUCCUCUACAACGUCACCCUCUUCCACGUCGUGCGGGCUGACGAGCUGUAGUCCCACGGGGCCGCGUCCUCGCCCACGUGGAAACGCCUGCGACGCAGCUGCCGGAGCAGUCCGAGCCAGACGAACAGUGCUAACUUUGAGACAUCAUCAGCGACGUGGACUCCGGCGUCGCGGGGUGGCGUUGCCGCCGUGUGUCUC